UGAAGGAUUGCGCAUUGGUAAUCUACCGGUGAUGCAAGAAAUGUCGUCGAAUUGAAGUGAGACUGAUCGGGGGAUAAAAAAACUUCCUAGAUCGUUCUUUCCGCUAACAUGUCAGGAGACGAGGUAAACUAUUACUUUUUAUCAUGGUGUAUUAUCAGUAUUGACCGGGGAAAAGGAGAUAAACCAGUGACGUUAGUGGCGAUCGUUGUUGAAUGACUUUGGCCUCAGCCUCCAGUACAAGGCUUUCCCACCAGUAUAUCAAACGGCAGACCACUCACACAUGUUGAGAGCUUGGCUAGUGGGCUAGCUAACUAAUGAAAAGAUUAAUCACGUACUCAAUUUAGUGACCAAAUGUCAGCUAUACUAGGUAGCUAGCUGCAAGUCUAUUCCUGUAGCUAUUAAAGCUGACCAUUAUUUAGAAUUGGGAAACUUAUGUUAGCUGUGUGUGUAUGUCAAUGUUUUCUAUAACUAGUAUGUACACAUUGUACCAGAACUAGUCUUAGACAGGAAAUAUAAUGUUUAUCAACAAACAGCUAUUUUUCUUCAAUCACACUGGGUCUAAGCUAAUCAUCAUGGUCUAAUUCUCCCAUCAGAUGCUAUUCGACCCCAACAUGACCAAAAAGAAGAAGAAAAAAAAGAAGCCUUUCAUACUGGAAGAAGAAGGUGGAGACGGAGUGGCAGAGGACACACUGCAGGUGGAGGCCAAGGGGGUGGAACCGAACGGUGGGGAGGACAGAGAGUUCGACCUGGACGAGGACGAAGGAAGGAAGAAAGGUAGGAAGGCUCACACCUGACAAAGAUCUCAAUGGUCUUUCCUCAAAUUCUUUGGUCCUCUCCUUCCAUCCUUCACUCACUUCCUACUCAAAAUGUCAGAGGGAAGUGCGGAGAGGAAACAAGGAACAGAGGAAAUGCGAAAUGUCCCAGUAGUGACUUUCUGCUCUUCUAGACCAGUAAUCUGUCAUGAUUGGAACGGGGGAGGAACGCAGGAAGACCAAUAUCAGUAGUGUUCUGAUAGGUGAUACAGCAGACCAUCUUGAAUUUACAAUAUUGUUCAAAUCUUUAGAGCAAUCCGACAAUCUUGAUGACCUGAACUUUUUCAACCAGAAGAAAAAGAAGAAGAAGUCCAAGAAAGUGUUUGAUAAUGACAUUGAGGAGGGGAUAAAGGUAUGUUAUAUACAGUGCAUUCAGAAAGUAUUCAGACCCCUUCUUUUACAGCCUUAUUAUAAAAUGUAUUAAAUAUUUUUUCCCCUCAUCAAUCUACACAAAAUACCUCUUAAUGACAAAGCGAAAAGAGGUUUUAAGAUUUUUUUGCUAAUGUUUAAAAAAUAAAAAACAGAAAUACCUUAUUUACAUAAGUAUUCAGACCCUUUGCUAUGAUACUCGAUAUUGAGCUCAGGUCCAUCCUGUUUCCAUUGAUCAUCCUUGAGAUGUUUCUAUAACUUGAUUGGAGUCCACCUGUGUUAAAUUCAAUUGAUUGGACAUGAUUUAGAAAGGCACACACCUGUCUUUAUAAGGUCCCACAGUUGACAGUGCAUGUCAAAGCAAAAACCAAGCCAUGAGGUCGAAGGAAUUGUCUGUAGAGCUCCGAGACAGGAUUGUGUUGAGGCACAGAUCUGGGGAAGGGUACUAAAACAUUUCUGCAGCAUUGAAGGUCCCCAAGAACACAGUGGCCUUCAUCACUCUUAAAUAGAAGAAGUUUGGAACCACCAAGACUCUUCCUAGAGCUGGCCACCAAGCUAAACUGAGCAAUCGGGGGAGAAGGGCCUUGGUCAGGGAGGUGACCAAGAACAAUGGUCACUCUGACAGAGCUCCAGAGUUCCUCUGUGGAGAUGGGAGAACCUUCCAGAAGGACAACCAUCUCUGAGGCACUCCACCAAUCAGACCUUUAUGGUAGUUUGGCCAGACGGAAGCCACUCCUCAGUAAAAGGCACAUGACUAAAGGACUCUCAGACCAUGAGAAACAAGAUUCUCUGGUCUGAUUAAACCAAGAUUGAUCUCUUUGGCCUGAAUGCCAAGCGUCACGUCUGGAGGAAACCUGGUACCAUCCCUACGGUGAAGCAUGGUGGUGGCAGCAUCAUUCUGUGGGGAUGUUUUUCUGCGGCAGGGACUGGGAGACUAGUCAGGAUCGAGGGAAUGAUGAACGGAGCAGAGAGAUCCUUGAUGAAAACCUGUUCCAGAGCACUCAGGACCUCAGACUGGGGAGAAGGUUCACCUUCCAACAGGACAAUGACCCUAAGCACACAGCCAAGACAACGCAGGAGUGGCUUCGGGACAAGUCUCUGAAUGUCCUUGAGUGGCCCAGCCAGAGCCCGGACUUGAACCCGAUCGGACAUCUCUGGAGAGACCUGAAAAUAGCUGUGCAGUGACGCUCCUCAUCCAACCUGACAAGGCUUGAGAGGAUCUGCAGAGAAGAAUGGGAGAAACUCCCCAAAUACAGGUGUGCCAACCUUGUAGCGUCAUACAAGGCUGUAGUCACUGCCAAAGGUGCUUCAACAAAGUACUGAGUAAAGGGUCUGAAUACUUAUGUAAAUGUGAUAUUUCAGUUUUUUUUUAACUGUUUUUGCUUUUUCAUUAUGGGGUGUUGUGUGUAGAUUGAUGAGGGGGGAAAAAACAAUUUGGUCACUCUGACAGAGCUCCAGAGUUCCUCUGUGGAGAUGGGAGAACCUUCCAGAUGGACAACCAUCUCUGAGGCACUCCACCAAUCAGGCCUUUAUGGUAGUUUGGAGGGGGGAAAAAACAAUUGAAUCCAUUUUAGAAUAAGGCUGUAACGUAACAAAAUGUGGAAAAAGUCAAGGGGUCUGAAUACUUCCCGAAUGCACUGUAAUUUACACUGUGUGUUUACCUGGAGUGGAGUCAUGUCUAUGGGAGCCAUAUUGACGUGAUAUUGAAGUUAACAGCCUUGUGUUUAUUUCCAAGACUUUGUUGCACCACAUUUCUAUCUGAAUCUCUACUUUGAGCUGAGUCUUGUCACAUCUAAUUUGCCAUUGUAUUAAGGUUUGCUGACAGGUUCUCCCAAUCUAUUAAAAACAGGAGCUGAAAAUUGAAGGAGAGCAGAGCGAGGCAGCGGAAGAGGUUGACCUGGAUCUUCAGUUGCCAGCAAAGAAAAAGAAGUCCAAGAAGGUCGACUUCCAUGAGGAAGGAGAGAUAAUUGAGAAGGACGAUGGUAUGGGAUUUAAUUAUUCACAUUAGUGACGGGCAGUGUCUUGAUCGUCAUUGAGAUUCUUGCUGGAAUGAGAAGCGCUAUACAAAUUAAAUAUAUUGUUAAUAUUAUUAUUAUUAUUGAAUGCUGAUAUCUGUCUUAUACUUUCCUUUCAAUUAGUGUAAUUGUAUCUGUUAAAACAUGACCAUGUGGUGUUUUUGCUUGAGCUCUUGAGGACGAUGCUGGGAAAAACAAUAAAGGCAUCUCAUUCAGCUCCCAGUCUGGUCCGGCGUGGGUAGGGACAGACAGAGACUACACAUAUGACGAGGUAGGCCUACUUACUUCAAUUCAGUUAAGAUGAUUUUAAAUAAAAUUGCAAAGGGCAUUUGGUUAUAUUGAUUCAAGGCAUGCCCCAGCCUCAGGCUGUUUGUCCCUGCAAUUCUAGUUGCAACAGUUUGAGAGAGUCUGAUGAUCAUAUUGUGAUGUCCUCCUCAGCUGCUGAACCGUGUCUUCAACAUCAUGCGGGAGAAGAACCCUGACAUGGUGGCUGGAGAGAAGAGAAAGUUUGUUAUGAAGCCCCCUCAGGUGGUCCGAGUGGGCACUAAGAAGACCUCGUUUGUCAACUUCACUGAUAUCUGUAAACUGUGAGUCAAACAUUCUACAUACUUUAGGGACUCAAGUUUCUACAUCCCACAGGAGAGCUACAGUAUAUGAUGAUUGAAGUGUGUUGUUACAGUAGUAUUGCUUAGUAGUACAUUGCACUAAACUGUCAGUAUGAAAAAUUUAUGCACUCACUAACUGUAAGUCGCUCUGGAUAAGAGAGUCUGCUAAAUGACUAAAAUGUAAAUGUAUUGUUAUGCUAAAUGACUAAAAUGUAAAUUUAUUGUUCUCUGUAGGUUGCAUCGUCAGCCAAAACAUCUUCUGGCAUUUUUGUUGGCUGAGCUGGGGACAAGGUAAAGUGGCCUAGUAUUAUUGUUUUUGCAGAUUUCGCAAUGGAAAUCUUAAUAUCCAGACUUCUGUUAUUAAGUCCUGUUUUUAUGAAUGACUAUUGCAUUUAUUUUCUUUGCAGUGGCUCCAUAGAUGGAAAUAAUCAGCUUGUGAUCAAAGGAAGAUUUCAACAGAAACAGAUUGAAAAUGUCUUGAGAAGAUAUAUUAGUAAGUAGGAAUUAUACAGGAAUCCAUAUUAUAUUGAUGUAUUGGUGACCCAGAGCAAAAUAUGUAAAGAAUAGUUAUAGAUGCAUAUAAUCUAAACUCAGCAAAAAAAGAAAUGUCCUCUCACUGUCAACUGCGUUUAUUUUCAGCAAACUUAACAUGUGUACAAUUUUGUAUGUACCUAACAAGAUUCUCAACAACUGAGACAUAAACUGAACAAGUUCCACAGACAUGUGACUAACAGAAAUGGAAUAAUGUGUCCCUGAACAAAGGGGGGAUCAAAAUCAAAAGUUACAGUCAGUAUCUGGUGUGGCUACCAGCUGCAUUAAGUACUGCAGUGCAUCUCCUCCUCAUUUACAGCACCAGAUUUGCCUGUUCUUGCUGUGAGAUGUUACCCCACUCUUCCAACAAGGCACCUGCAAGGUCCCGGACAUUUCUGGGGGGAAUGGCCCUAGCCCUCACCCUCCGAUCCAACAGGUCCCAGAGGUGCUCAAUGGGAUUGAGAUCCGAGCUCUUCGCUGGCCAUGGCAGAACACUGACAUUCCUGUCUUGCAGGAAAUCACGCACAGAACGAGCAGUAUGGCUGGUGGCAUUGUCAUGCUGGAGGGUCAUGUCAGGAUGAGCCUGCAGGAAGGGUAUCACAUGAGGGAGGAGGAUGUCUUCCCUGUAACGCACAGCAUUGAGAUUGCCUGCAAUGACAACAAGCUCAGUCCGAUGAUGCUGUGACACCGCCCCAGACCAUGACGGACCCUCCACCUCCAAAUCGCUCCAGAGUACAGGCCUCGGUGUAACGCUCAUUCCUUCAACGAUAAACGCGAAUCCGACCAUCACCCCUGGUGAGACAAAACCGCGACUCGUCAGUGAAGAGCACUUUUUGCAAGUCCUGUCUGGUCCAGCGACGGUGGGUUUGUGCCCAUAGGCGACGUUGUUGCCGGUGAUGUCUGGUGAGGACCUGCCUUACAACAGGCCUACAAGCCCUCAGUCCAGCCUCUCUCAGCCUAUUGCGGACAGUCUGAGCACUGAUGGAGGGAUUGUGCGUUCCUGGUGUAACUCGGGCAGUUGUUGUUGCCAUCCUGUACCUGUCCCGCAGGUGUGAUGUUCGGAUGUACCGAUCCUGUGCAGGUGUUGUUACACGUGGUCUGCCACUGCGAGGACGAUCAGCUGUCCGUCCUGUCUCCCUGUAGCGCUGUCUUAGGCGUCUCACAGUACGGACAUAGCAAUUUAUUGCCCUGGCCACAUCUGCAGUCAUCAUGCCUCCUUGCAGCAUGCCUAAGGCACGUUUACGCAGAUGAGCAGGGACCCUGGGCAUCUUUCUUUUGGUGUUUUUCAGAGUCAGUAGAAAGGCCUCUUUAGUGUCCUACAUUUUCAUAACUGUGACCUUAAUUGCCUACCGUCUGUAAGCUGUUAGUGUCUUAACGUUCAUUGUUCAUUGAACAAGCAUGGGAAACAGUGUUUAAACCCUUUACAAUGAAGAUCUGUGAAGUUAUUUGGAUUUCUACAAAUUAUCUUUGAAAGACAGGGUCCUGAAAAAGAGACGUUUCUUUUUUUGCUGAGUUUAGUUAUCCUUCACUUGUAGCUACAAUAUACAUAUUUUUCGGUGUCAUGUUUGCGCGCCUCAUCUUGACUUUGUGUUUGACUUGCAGAGGAAUAUGUGACCUGUCACACAUGUCACUCCCCUGACACCAUCCUACAGAAGGACACCCGUCUCUACUUCCUCCAGUGUGAGACCUGCCACUCACGCUGCUCCGUGGCCAGCAUCAAGACUGGCUUCCAGGCUGUCACAGGCAAGCGGGCACAGCUCCGUGCCAAAGCUAACUAAGGCCACCCCAACCCUGGCUUCCCCCUCUCUGACCCCGCCCAAGGGCCGGAGCAUUGGAUGCCCUUGAUAACUGGACUUUUGUUUGGAGUCUGAGGGGGUUUGUUGUCGCUGCAUUAUGCCCAGGGUGUGAGAGAAAAAAGCUACAUGCUCUGAGGCUCGAAGGACUUGCAGGUCAUAAGGAGCUGUGCACAGGUGCAUUGGUUUCGCAGGCAAACCCCCAAUUUUCAGUUUUCUCAGCUGUGUCAGAUUCUUUCAGCGCUUCUCUAUUCCCUCCAAGUGAGCCUUUUCCCACAUUUCUUCAAUCGUAUGUAGCCCACAUAUUGGAUCAUAAAGACAAAGCUAUUAUGACAAAAUAAUUGAUAUUGACUUUCCUUUAGUUGAAGCAUAGUGGUGUGGAAACAAACAUUUUAAAGAUGCAUUCCAGGAGCUAGGUUUCAGUAUCAUGUAUGUACCCUUUUCGCACUGCCAAGCCAUACUGUACGGGCCUGGCUACGCAUCCACCAUAGCUGCAUGAACUGUGCUUGCUUCAAGCCAGUACAGUUUCGGCAGCUUGUUUACCCUCUACUGCUUUUACAGGCUUAUCUGAGAUCUGUAUAGUAUCAUAGCAGACUGUCAGUGGGUGGAAAUAGCUGGAUGUCCUCUAAUAAGAGUACAUUACUUUCAAACUGAGACUACAGAAUAUGUGGGAGAAAUGACAAUGACAUCUAUUUAUUGUGUGUGUGUGUGUGU